AUGACUCAUCCGUACGAAGAGGAGAAAGAGAUGAAGAAGCUGAAGAAACACUACGACAGGUUAGGUUACAUUUGCGAUGCUCAAUAUGGAAUUCCUACCCGUUGCCCAUGUGGUGGUGAAAUCAAGACGGAUGUGUCUCCAAAUCCGAAGUAUCGCCACGAUUUCGAUACCUUGCCUGGAAGUAGGACGAUGGGAUGCACUUUCGUCAGCCAUGGACUUUUGGUGUUGAGGAGGAAAUGA